CGAGGACUCACAGCAGCCCGCAGCCCGCAAGAUGCCUCUCGCACGCUCCGGAGUGGCGCUUUUGCGCUCACGAUGCUCGCCGCGCCUGCAAUGGCACCAGGCGCGAGCCCUCUCGAGCUCCGCAAUCCGCUGGACGAGAUCAGACAAUGAGCUCAACUGGGUCAGCAAGAACAUCACCCAGCCGAAGUCGCAAGGCGCCUCGCAGGCCAUGCUGUACGCCACCGGAAUGAGCGAGGAAGACAUGAACAAGGCCCAGGUCGGCAUCUCGUCGGUGUGGUACACGGGCAACCCAUGCAACAUGCACCUGCUGGACCUGAACAACAAAGUGAAGGAGGGCGUGCAAAGAGCAGGUCUGCUGGGCAUGCAGUUCAAUACUAUUGGUGUAAGCGACGGCAUCUCCAUGGGUACCAAGGGCAUGCGCUACUCGCUGCAAUCGCGCGACCUUAUCGCAGACUCGAUCGAGACCGUCAUGGGCGGCCAGUGGUACGAUGCGAACAUCUCCAUCCCUGGAUGCGACAAGAACAUGCCGGGUGUCAUCAUGGCCAUGGGUCGUGUCAACCGCCCCUCGCUCAUGGUUUACGGCGGCACCAUCCAGCCCGGCUGCGCGACCACGCUCAAUAACCAAACCAUCGAUAUCGUUUCCGCCUUCCAAGCCUACGGCCAGUUUAUAACAGGAGAUAUUAGUGAGGAGCAGAGGUUCGAUGUCAUCAGGCAUGCCUGCAACGGACAGGGUGCUUGCGGAGGCAUGUACACAGCGAACACCAUGGCUACCGCACUCGAGGUUAUGGGCAUGACGCUGCCCGGAUCAUCUUCGAAUCCCGCGAAUUCGAAGGCGAAGGUGCUGGAAUGUCUUGCAGCUGGAGGCGCUAUCAAGAACCUUCUCAAGGAGGACAUCCGACCGAAAGAUAUCAUCACUCGGAAAGCCCUAGAGAACGCCAUGGUCCUUGUCAGCGUCACUGGUGGUUCUACAAACGCUGUUCUCCACCUCAUUGCUAUCGCAGAUUCCGUCGGCAUCAAGCUUACCAUCGAUGACUUCCAAAGCGUCAGCAACCGCAUUCCACUCCUUGCCGACCUGAAGCCCUCGGGUAAAUAUGUCAUGGCCGACGUAAACGACAUCGGUGGUACCCCUGCGCUCUGCAAGUUCCUCCUGAAAGAGGGUCUCCUCGAGGGCGACUGCAUCACAGUGACCGGCAAGACACUUAAGGAGAAUCUGAAGGAUGCAGCGGAUUUCCCGGUGGAGCAGCAGAUCUUCCGACCUUUGAGCAACCCUAUCAAGAAGACUGGCCAUCUCCAGAUCUUGAGGGGCAAUCUUGCUCCUGGUGGCUGCGUGGGUAAGAUCACUGGCAAGGAGGGUACCAAAUUCACCGGGAAGGCCAAGUGCUAUGACGAUGAAGACAAUUUCAUUGCUGCCCUCGAACGCGGUGAGCUGAAGAAGGGCGAGAAGACGGUCGUCGUCAUCCGAUACGAAGGCCCCAAAGGUGGUCCCGGCAUGCCCGAGAUGUUGAAGCCCAGUUCAGCCAUCAUGGGCGCUGGUCUGGGUCAAGAUGUCGCUCUUAUUACCGAUGGUCGCUUCAGCGGUGGUUCUCACGGCUUCCUGAUCGGCCACAUUGUGCCCGAGGCGCAAGAAGGUGGGCCUAUCGGGCUCGUGCGCGAUGGGGAUGAGAUCACUAUCGACGCGGAAUCGAAUGAGCUGAACGUCAGCGUCAGUGAAGAGGAGCUGGGACGGAGGGAGCAGGAGUUCAACGCACCGCCGCUGAAGUACCAGAAGGGGACUUUGUUCAAGUAUGCGAGGUUUGUGAAGGACGCGAGCCACGGCUGCGUCACCGACGCUGAGUAAAUGUCUUUUCUUCCCGCUUGAAGCCUCGCGUCUAGCUCUUCCGGCUUUCAUUCUCAUGUCUCACUCAUAUAUCCUGCGUUUUUGGGGCGGGAAGGAAAAGUCGGUUGGAGUUUGGAAUGUUGUUCGUAUAUCAUACGCACUUACUGAGCGAAUGUCUAUCCAACAGGUCACUAGCAACUUCAAAGCAACUGGCGAAACCUCGAGGGCUCUUACUCUGUGAAAGCUGCUGGAAUCUCGCAGCGGAUACGUCCAGAAGUCGUCCCCGAUGGCGAGUACAGAAAAUGAUCUCCCUUACUCACAUUAUUUGGGUCUCUUUUUCGCCACGAUAUCCGGCACCUCUUUAUAAGUCUUAUAUGUACUUAUACUAUCUUCCAAAUCAAGUCACUUCGUUUCC